UCAAUCGCCUAGUUCUUGUACUGCUUAUUAUAACUUCUUCUAAGAAGGUACAGAAUUUCUCAUAAGAGUCAGGGAUUGCUUGUGUCACAAAGUGUUAACGAAGUGCCUUUGUGGAUACUUGGCGGAAAUUAAUUGUUGUUCAUCUCUGGCUUGGGAACCCCUUAACUGGUUUGCAGCGACAUCGAGAAUAUCGACCCCACGACAAGGAAGAACCAUUAGGGAAAGUCAGGGCAAAUUACGUAACUUCACUCAAGACUUUCAAACUAAGUGACCAUGGUGUUAUGGCUUGGACUUUUUCUUCCUGUUGUUGGGGUUGUGGCACUAUCAAUAUUUCUUAUCUGGGCUGUUUUUGUGAUAUUAUACUUUGCAUGUCCCCACGUCUUGAGCCAUGUAAUUCACAGAUUUACAAUCUUUAGGGCAGGGUUUACCUUGAAGUAUGUGUCAGUGGGAGACUUUACAUUUAGCUACAUUGAGAGAGGGAAAAGUGAAAAGGCAGAAAAUGUCAUUCUGAUGAUUCACGGUUUUACGGGAGACAAAGGUAUUUGGUGUCUUAUGGGAAAAGCCAUGCCUAAGACAUUUCAUUUAGUAGCUGUAGAUCUUCCAGGACAUGGGUACACUACCCGAAAACACCACGAUGAUCAUUCUAUACCUGCUCAAGUUGCCAAGCUUCAUCAGUUUGUGUUAGCUGUUGGACUGGAUAAGAAAAAGUUUCAUUUAGUUGGUUUAUCCAUGGGUGGCUUUGUGGCUGGUGUGUUUGCAUCACAGUACUCAUCUGUGCUAUCAUCCUUGGUUCUUAUGUGUCCUGCCGGUAUAGAUGCACCAAAAAUGAGUGAUUUUAUCAAUAACAUUGCCAAUGGUGGAAAGAACUAUUUACUGCCAGAAAAUCCUCAUGAUUUUCAGUAUAUGAUGAAGAAAGUGUCCUAUCGGAAAGUUUUCAUUCCUUCCUUCAUUGCCAAAAUCGUGUGUGCAGCCAGGAGCCAAUCACAUUCUUUCUAUGAUAAAGUUUUGACUGAAAUAACUCGGCCUGACCAGAGAUUUCUCCUACAGGAUGUUUUGGAGAACAUUGAUGUUCCGACCCUCACACUGUGGGGCAGUAAUGAUCUGAUCCUUGAUCCGUCUGCAGUGGAUAUCAUCAGAGAAAAAGUAAAGAACUGUCAGGUUAAGAUACUGAGCAGUUGUGGUCAUGCCAUUUCUUUUGAAAGACCGUGGAAAUCAGCAAAACUGAUUUUGCAGUUUCUAAAUUCACUUCCCAAAACUUAAUGGCAUAACAAUAGAAGGACUCUUAUGCGAAACCUACUAAAUAGCUCGUCGAACCCGCUACUGAUUGUCAGUAUUUGAUUGGAUAAAGACUUUUGGGGCCAAAAUUGAAAAGUUAAUCUUGGAAGCGCCAAUUACGCCAAUCAGCUAGGGUAUCCAUCCCCGCCAAAAUGUUUGAAGUUGAAUGUUUGAAGUGACGAAUUGAAUCUUUGAACUGACGAAUUGAAUCUUUGAAGUGACGAAUUGAAUGUUUGA